GACUCUUUGGCAAAAGAAUGUCAAUCUGCUUAAUUGCUAGUGUCAUCUACUAAAUGCGAAGCUUUGACAGUCAAAUAAAGCAGUAGGUUUCUCCCCUUGUCUUGCUCGGUCAUUCAUUUGCCUUGGAAUUGAAGACAGUUGCCGUCAAUUUUGAGCUUUAUGACGCCUAUCACAGAGCUGAAUGAGCAGAACCGUGCUCAAUACUCUAAUGUCAUCUCACCAAUGACGUACUGUUGUACCACGAUGUCCAAACUCCUGCACUAAGUUCCUUGGCUGAUGAAGCAAACACGCCAAGUUCUAUCUUGUCUAUCAUCCUGUCCAGCUAUGCUGCCAUUUUCAAAGUUCAAACUUCAAGGUUAUUAUGAAGAGACAACAGCUGGGUCCAUCAUUAUUAAUAACUCGAUCAUGCCAAUUCAAGAGAUGAUGUCUGCAAUCUAAAGUCUAAAGCUGAUUUUACCAAUAGUGCUUAAAGCCUUCCAAACAGCAAAAUGACAGAACACUUCGACUGCCACUACUGCAAGGAAUCCCUCUUUGGGAAGCAAUACAUCCUUCAAGAGGAGAAUCCCUAUUGUGUUAAGUGCUAUGAAAGUCUUUAUUGCAAUACCUGCGAGGAAUGCAAGAAACCAAUUGGUUGCGACAAUAAGGACUUGUCCUACAAAGACCGUCACUGGCAUGAAGCCUGUUUCAACUGCUUCCUGUGCAAGCAGUCACUAGUGGAUAAGCCAUUUGCUGCCAAGGAUGAACAGCUGUUCUGUACAGAGUGUUACACCAAUGAGUAUUCCUCGAAGUGUCAGGAAUGCAAGAAAGCAAUCAUUCCAGGCACUCGCAAGAUGGAACAUAAGGGGAAUAGCUGGCAUGAGGCUUGUUUCAUUUGUCAUCACUGUCAACAGCCAAUGGGCACAAAAAGCUUCAUUCACAAGAAUGAUCAAAACUAUUGUGUGCCGUGUUAUGAAAAACAGUUUGCCAUGCACUGUGUGCAGUGCAAGAAGGCAAUUACCACAGGAGGGGUCACUUACCGUGAUCAGCCUUGGCACAAAGAGUGUUUUCUGUGUACAGGAUGUAAGAAACCACUGAGUGGACAGCAAUUCACCUCACGAGAUGAAUGUGCCUACUGCCUGGAUUGCUUCAGUCAUCUCUAUGCCAAAAAGUGUGCUGGCUGUACCAAUCCAAUUGUGGGUCUUGGGGGAAGCAAGUACAUCUCAUUUGAGGAACGUCAGUGGCAUAAUGAUUGUUUCAACUGUAAGAAAUGCUCCAUAUCCCUGGUGGGCCGUGGCUUCCUCACAGAACGCGAUGACAUCCUUUGCCCUGAAUGUGGGAAAGAUCUGUAAGAGGAGAUAGGCCAGGAAACAAUCUCAUAGCAACCUUGACUGCAGCUGCAUUAAAACAAAAUAACCAGGCUCUCACUUGCUAUGGUGCCAAUUGCCCACGAUGGUAUGAGCUUGAUAAUUGAGACAAAUUAUUAAAAUCAGUUUAUGAAAUAUUUGUGAAUUCAAAGGAAGUUUGCAUGAGUCCACCGGGACAAGUGAAAAAUUAUUAUUUUAAUUUUAUUGGAAGGCACUGAUGAAAUAAACAAUAUGAAAUAUCUCUGUACUUCAAUGACCAAAAUGUAAUGGUGCACCUUGUCUCAGCAAAGGAUAAAAAUUCUGAUGAAAGAACACUGAAAGAUUUUUCUUUUUAUCAUAGAAGUGGUACAGAUUUAAACAUGCAACAGGUUGUGAACUGAACAGAGCUGGAAAGCAGGAUCUUAUAACUAAAUAAUUUGGCCUGCUGUUUGCAUCAAUUAUGGCAAAACAAGUUUGAAAGUAAAACUUAUAUUUUACUGCAUGAUUACAUAGGUGAAUAGUAAAUAAUGAUCGUAGGUUCAUCUGUAUUUCAUUUUUUUUUCAGGCAUUAAAUAUUUGUAGUAUUAAGUGCAUUAAUA